AUGGAGAGAACACGGGUUGCCAAGGUUGACAAUGUGAGCUUGGCUCGCCGUGGAGACCAAGUCGACGGCGCCCUCCACCUCACCCCUCACCACCUAAUUUUCUCCCACACUCCCCUAAUUUCGAGCGAAGACGCGGCCAAGGGCGUGGCCAUCAGACCGAAGGAGCUCUGGUUUACCUACCCGAUCAUCUCUUUUUGUACCUUGCGACCGGCCCCCGCGGCGUCCCGCCAGCUCUCUUCCAUCCGCCUGCGGUGCCGAGACUUUACAUUCGUGUGCUUCUAUUUCACCAGCGAGCAGAAGGCCAAGGAGGUCUUCGAUAGUAUCAAGCUAUGGACAUGCAAAUCGGGUCGACUGGACAGGCUCUAUGCAUUUAGCUACCAGCCACCGCCGCCGGAGAAGGAGUUCAACGGGUGGGACUUGUAUGACCCGCGCAAGGAGUGGGAGCGCCAGGGUCUCUCCAAAGAGACCUCGGCAUGGCGGGUCUCCGAGAUCAACACCGAUUAUAGUUUCUCCCCAACAUACCCUGCACUGAUCCCAGUGCCUUCCGCGAUCUCAGACAAUACACUGAACUAUGCCGGGCGAUAUCGCUCUAGGCAGAGAAUCCCUGCAUUAACAUACCUUCACCCCGUGAACAAUUGCAGUAUCACCAGGAGCUCGCAGCCCCUCGUUGGUGUGCGACAGAACCGCAGUAUCCAGGAUGAAAAGCUCUUGGCGGCUAUUUUCUCGACUUCCCGCUCAGAACGGCCGUUGGCCAACUUUGCGAAAUCCACUCUAGACCGGGAGGCCUCCGAUUCAAGCCAUGAUAGUGGAUCGACGACAGACCUUGACGUGUCAAACGCCGAGGAGAUCGAAGAUGAGAUGUUGGCCGCUGCCCGCGAAGCUCAUCCUGAGGAACGUGCGAUCUAUGGUGCUCAACAGCAAAACUUAAUUGUCGAUGCUCGCCCAACCGUCAAUGCUUUUGCUAUGCAAGCUGUUGGACUGGGCUCCGAAAAUAUGGACAACUACAAGUUUGCCACCAAAGCCUAUCUAGGGAUUGAUAACAUUCAUGUAAUGCGUGAUUCAUUGAACAAGGUUGUUGACGUUUUGAAAGAGACGGAUGUCACCCCGCUCGGGCCCAACCGCGACCAGCUUGCGCGGAGUGGCUGGCUCAAGCAUAUCGCAGGCAUCUUGGAGGGCUCGGGGUUAAUCGCUCGUCAGGUCGGCCUUCAACACUCCCAUGUCUUGAUUCACUGCUCCGACGGCUGGGAUCGGACCAGCCAGCUCAGUGCUUUGAGUCAAAUAUGCUUGGAUCCGUACUUUCGAACUAUGGAAGGCUUUAUGGUCCUGGUUGAGAAAGACUGGAUGUCCUUUGGACACAUGUUCCGACACCGAUCAGGCCACUUGAAUAGCGAGAAGUGGUUCCAGAUUGAGAACGAGCGCGUUGGAGGUGACGCAGAAGGUGGCGGCGCAGGCCCUGCCAAGGCGAUUGAAAAUGCCUUCCUGAGCGCCAAGGGUUUCUUCAAUCGGGAGAAUACGAGCCGGGACUCCUUGCCUGAUUCUGAAGGGGAGCUGCAGAGCUAUGACUCCGAUAGCCCAACCAAAAAGCCGAGCUCUGCGCCUCGCAGCAUUGUGUCUGAGAAAGAGAUCACCAAGGUGAAGGAGACCAGUCCUGUUUUCCAUCAGUUCCUCGACGCCACCUACCAACUGCUGUAUCAGCAUCCGACGCGCUUCGAGUUCAAUGAAAGGUUCCUUCGACGGCUCCUCUAUCAUCUCUACGCCUGUCAGUUCGGGACAUUUCUCUUCAACAAUGAGAAAGAGCGUGUAGAUGCGAAUGCACGAGAACGAACCCGAAGUGUGUGGGACUACUUCCUUGCACGAAGGGAGCAGUUCACCAACCCACAAUAUGAUCCCGUCAUUGAUGACCACCAGCGUGGGAAGGAACGACUGAUUUUCCCUCGGGUCAAGGAGACUCGCUGGUGGAGUGAAGCAUUUGGCAGGUCAGAUGCCGAGAUGAAUGGACCUUUCACGUCGGCAAGUAGAGGUAGUGAGAGUCCUGGCUCAGGUCGAGCCCCCAUCUUGACUGGAAUUGAAACAUCUCAGCACUCGGUUGGGACGGAGGUUCCAGGAACAAGUAUGCAGACUGCGGCAGCAUCUGGUAUCGCUGCUGUUACUGCUGGAAUAUCCAAUCUUGGAACACCGAAAGAUCAGAAGGAUGAGUCUAAGGGGAGAAAGGCUCGAGGGAUGGAGGUAGAAUUGCAGUGA